CUCAACUCCUACUAUCAACUGUUCGCGCACGACGCAAAAACCCCCGUCACUAGUUCAUCACACAUCAAUUAAUCUUCGAGGAUCGCCCGACGAGAACAACAAACAAGAUGUCGGACGUAGAAGAGAACAACGCCCCCGAGGUCGUCGAGGAAGUCGAAGUUUCCGGAGAUGCCCCCAAGGGCCAGAUGUCCGUUCUGGACGCCCUGAAGGGUGUUCUCAAGCUCGCUCUCAUGCACGACGGUCUCGCCCGCGGUCUCCGUGAAGCCUCCAAGGCUCUGGACCGUCGCCAGGCUCACAUGUGCGUCCUGAACGAGAACUGCGAGGAGGAGGCCUACAAGAAGCUGGUCAUUGCUCUCUGCAAUGAGCACAAGAUUCCUCUGAUCAAGGUUCCCGAUGGCAAGCAGCUCGGCGAGUGGGCCGGUCUCUGCGUUCUUGACCGUGAGGGUAACGCCCGCAAGGUCGUCAACUGCUCUUGCGUCGUUGUCAAGGACUGGGGUGAGGAGUCUCAGGAGCGUUCCAUCAUCCUGAACUACUUCCAGACCUCCCAGUAAGGGUAUGGACGGCGUUGAUUUAAUGGGGUAUAGAGGUGCGGUCUUGGUUUCUUUUCAGGACGCGUUAAAAAACGACUUUUCCUUUAGGGUUGUACUCUAGGCCUUGUAUCAUGGCCACAUUGCAUGAUGGGAACAAUAAAAAAACGGAAUCCAAAUACUUAUAUGAAUUGCUGGCUCUUCUUUGUGCUGUCUUGUGAUAUCUGAAUGCACCCUUUUUCCUAGUCUCUUCUCCCCUUUUACUUGCGCCCUUCGACCAUUAUAAUGUGAUAGCCAAACGGUGUCUUGGCCUCUCCAAUGAUAGGGCUGCCUGUAGUACUUGGUUGUAAAGAAAAGGCAACUUCCUCAAACGUAGGAUCCAGACUCCCCUUUGUCUUCCACCCUAAAGAACCCCC